CAAAGCGAUGCGCUGUGUCUGACUCUCAGUUUGGUUUCUAAAACCCUAACCUCAAAGAAGCUGUGGCAUUUCAGACUCCGUACGUACGAUGGAGUUGAUGCUCAAAGUCCCAGCCAAUUGCAUCGUUGUUCAGCAACCUAAGCGGGCAUUCUUGGGUGGAGCUGGAACCAGUAGAUUGGGUGCUACUAGUACCAAUCGGAAGCAAAGAGUUUAUUCAUCAUCAUCAUCAGCUAUCAGUAUGAUCCCAAAGAUGUCAAUUUCAGCCAUUCCUAACCAACGUGGUGACAAGUCUAUGUCCAAGAACAAGAUUGACAUUCCUAUCAUGGUAAACGGAUGUAGUGGCAAAAUGGGGAAGGCCAUUAUCCAAGCAGCAGACUCUGCAGGACUCGGAGUGGUUCCCGUAUCAUUUGGCUCUGCUGAGGAAUCUGGGCAAACAGUCCAAGUCGGUGCAACCGAGAUUCUGGUGCAUGGUCCUUCUGAAAGAGAAAGCACCCUUGCAUCCCUGCUUGAGAAAUAUCCCAAUUUGAUUGUGGUCGACUUCACUGUGCCUUCUGCAGUAAAUGAUAAUGCAGAGCUAUAUGGCAAAGUUGGAGUUCCCUUUGUGAUGGGAACAACCGGUGGAGAUAGGGAUCAGUUGUAUAAAACUGUAGAAGACUCAAAAGUCUAUGCUGUAAUUUCCCCACAAAUGGGAAAGCAGGUUGUGGCAUUUCUUGCGGCCAUGGAAAUUAUGGCUGAGCAAUUUCCUGGAGCUUUCUCUGGGUAUUCCCUACAGGUGAUGGAAUCCCAUCAAUCAAGUAAAGUUGACACAUCUGGAACUGCCAAGGCUGUUAUUUCUUGCUUCCAGAAGUUGGGCUUGUGCUUUGAUAUGGAACAGAUCCAAUUGAUCCGGGAUACCCAGCAACAGAUAGAGAUGGUGGGAGUUCCAGAGGAGCAUUUGUCUGGUCAUGCAUUUCAUAUGUAUCAUCUUACUUCACCUGAUCAAACAGUUUCUUUUGAGUUUCAGCAUAAUGUUUGUGGUAGAUCAAUAUAUGCAGAGGGUACAGUUGAUGCUGUAAUUUUCCUUGCUAAGAAGGUUCAUUCAGGGGCAGACAAGCGGAUAUACAAUAUGAUGGAUGUCCUGCGAGAGGGUAAUAUGCGAUGAUAGUUGACUAUGUACGAAGGGUGUUGUCUGUAUUAGUGUAUUAAUUAGCUUAGAAUAAUUAGAUUAUGGUUUAGGAAGAUAGGGACAUAAGUUUUGGACUAGUAGUUUCAAAUUUUUCUUCUUCCUGUUAUUACUUCCCUUGCUGUUUGUGUUUGGGAAAACUUUGGGAGCUUGAAAAUUUUGUAUUUUGUUGAAGGAAAUACAAAUAUACAAGUAUUUCAAUUAAAGUAAUAUUUGUUAGAGAUGCAGCUUA